AUCAGCCCCAUUCGAUGCCCUACCCUACUGCUGAGGCGCCUCCACGCUGGCAGUGGUGCGCACUACAGAGAUCAUGGCCCCUAAAUACGCACCAAAUUUGCGUUCUCGUCUGGCACCUUUGUUGUUAUUUUUGCAAACUGGAUUCAUUGUUAUAUGUGCCCUUUACGUUGAGUUCGAUGCAUAUGCCUUUAUGUUUGGAAAUACUUCCAGCAAACUGUAUUCGGAGUUCCAGGAUGUGAACGUGAUGGUGGUGGCCGGUUUUGGAUUUCUUGGCACUUUUCUGGUGCGUUAUGGUUUCAGUGGCUCAGGGUUCAAUUUGCUUGUGGCAGUGAUUGCCACCCAGUGGUCAAUUAUCCUCAAUGGCUAUGAGUCCUGGAUCCAAAGUAGAAGGAUACUAAUAGAUCUGAAAAGUUUGGUUUUUGCUGAGAUAUGCACAGCGUCUGCCCUAAUAUCUAUUGGAACGGUGAUUGGAAAGACCAACCCUGUUCAACUCAUUCUCAUUGCCAUUCUGGAGGUGUCAGGAUUCAUUUUGAACGGAUGGCUUCUUCGGACAUUCUUUGAGGUGAAGCUUUUGUACUGUGCCAUGCAGCUUCAUACCUUUGGGGCGUUCUUCGGGCUGAUGCUCACCUGGGUCAUGCGUCGGAAAGGAUCAGAAACGCCCUUUGAGAAAGAGAAAAUGAACCGCGAAACUGGACUGUUCUCCAUGUUUGGGACACUGUUUUUGUGGAUGUUCUGGGCCAGUUUAAACUCCAUCCUGGUAGAUGAAGGCGAGAGGAAGCUGAGGAUAAUCCUGAGCACCUACCUAGCCCUGGCUGUCAGUGCCGUGGCCGCCGCUGCAGUGUCAGUGUUCACCAGCCCCAGAGGAAGAAUUAACCUGGAUCAUAUUCAGAAGUGCUCCCUGUCUGGAGGGGUUGCUAUAGGCGUUUCAAUGUCACUAGUUCAUCGGCCCUGGGUUGCCAUGACGAUUGGAUUAGCCGCUGGUGUGAUAUCAACCCUUUCACUUCGUUACCUUAAGCGUCAUAUGCUUCUUGCGUUUGGAUGCCACGACACCUGUGGUGUUUUGAGUGUACAUGGACUUCCAGGACUUCUUGGAUGGCUAGCUCAUCUCACCUUGCAAAUAAAUCAUAUGGACGACCGCACAACGGCAAUUCGGUUUGCUGUGUUCCAUAUUUGCACUCUGCUCAUCACCCUGAGCCUCAGUAUGUCCAUGGGACUGAUCACAGGACUGCUAGUUAAAUGGAGCUUUUGGAGACCGCCACAGGACAGGAAAUGUUUUGAUGACCAGGCGUUUUGGGAGUUUCCCAAACUUGCAAAGAAAAAAUAAGAGGAACGGGGAGGAGAACGCCAUGUGAUCUGAAGCCAUUCAUGUCCCUGUAAAUAAUUUUCACCACUUUGUUUAUAGUAAGCAAGUUAUUUUAAUGCAGGAGAAUUAUUGCAAGACUUGUAAACUGAUGAGAAUAUCUCUCCUCAAUUCUCCCAUGAAUGUCAAAAUAUGUGAUUUAUCUUGUAGACAAAUGAUUCUGCAUGGCCAUUAGAUAUACACGUUAACUACACUCCCAAUAUGUCAGUGCCGGUGGUAAAAUCAGAAUGUAAUCACCAUUUGGCAAUACAAAUGUCUGACCGGCAUAGGGUUAUUUGAAGAAAAUACGUACAAACAUAGGACCUCCAAUGCAACUACAUUCAAAUAUAUUUGUGCAUGGUUCUGGGAAAUACCCCAUAAAUCGUGCGUACCUCCAUAUCUGAGGUCCAAAGUUCAGGUCUUGGUGACCAUGUUACAGACACAUUAAUACAGAGUUGCCAGUUGCAAGGCUCCCAAAUGAAGGAAAACACCAUGUAAAGCCAUGAAAAUAGAUACACAAUUGCAGAGACACAUUCAAAGAUGUGGAACAAUUGAACUCAGCAGGUCCAAAAUAGCCAAAAGGGUCUUAAAAAGGGUUGCGUCUCUCUUCAUAUACCAGGAUUUUAAAUAAAUAGCGUUUUUUUUGUGAAAUUAAUUAUGUGAAGUAGAUAUAGGCUAAAGGAGAAUGUCCCAUACAGUAUAGAAUAUAAAUGGUUUACAGACACAUGAAGGGUUUACUACUGCCACAGAUCCUCAGUGCGUCCAAACUUGAAGACCAAGCCCCUGAAAUAUGAAUGUGAAUGGAAUAUUAGACUACCAAGAUGUACAACUUCUUCACCGUCAUUAACACAAAAUACUCAUCUUAAUAAUAUGUAGAAAUGUCGGAGGUUCACAAAUUGAAUUAACUUACCCAAAGAAAAUAAAAGCAUUUUGGAAGAAAAUAGCGAUUCCGGGGUAAACAAAAUCCUUUUCUGUAACAAACAAAAGAAAAUAAUUAAUUAAUACAAUAUUGUUAUUGUGUGCCUCACAAGAUGCGCGUGUCAAUUUUCAGAAUCAUUAUUGUUUAAUAACAAUCAUGAAGAUCUUUUACUUGACUGACGCAGUUAAGAUGAGGGUGACUGAAGGGUUCAGAUUAAUAAAGUGAACGACUUACUGUGCACCACAAAGUCUCCAAAGAGGAUCCACAUGGAGGCAAUGAGGGAGCCAAAGGCCAGCAUGAAGCCAAUGAAAAGCCAAAUACGAGCUCCUGCAAACAAAGAAAAAGCAGGGCGGGUUGUCAUGUGAUCCCCAAGUGCUCCUGGGUUGUUUUGUAAGAGGAACACACGGUAACGGCCAUAAGUACAGACAACAGCUAAACCUCUUUGGGUUCCUAAAAUCCAAUUGAAACCGAUUCAUGGCAAGUAGUGGAUCAGUGUAAAAGCCUGUUCCCUAGCCCUGUGCAUAAUAUUAUCAUGGUUCCCACAAACAAGUAAAAAAAUUAUAUUGACAGGGUUAGUGGACAAAAAUUUGACACAUAGGCCUAUAUAUGUUUGACAUUCUCCACACUAUCAAAGACACUGUGAGAAGAAGAUUUGGGAAAACAUUUCCACUUUCCAAUAAACUGUUGUCAUAUAACGCCUUCCUGCCAAAAGUGAAAUACAACACAUGUCUUUAACAUACCUGUCUGUCCCAUGCAUCCUUCGCUGUAGCUGUCUCCUCUAACCUGGCCAUUUGAUACAGCAUUUAUCCUAGAUAAGUUAACAAGACAAAAUGUUAUCAACCAUGAGAACAUUAACAAAUUACUGUGGCUUUCGUUUAAGUACACUAUGCGAUAAGGAUGCCAAAACAUUAGGAAAUCUGAACUAAACUAAAGAUCAAGAGCCAGUUAAACAUAAUACAUGACAAAAAAGAAAUUGAGAUAAAUUACAUGAGAAAAGCUAGAGUAGCAAUGACUCCACAUGUGUGGUAGGCAUGGUGAAACUGUUCUUCAAGUGGAAACAGCACUGCUGCAUCGAUGAUGAUCCACCAACCCGUGAAGAACUGAAAUAAGAACACAACAACGUUUUUUGUUUUUCAUGAUGUUAAAAGACCUGGAACUCACAUAAGCCAUAUUGAAUGAUGACGUCAUAACACACUGGUUUUAUCUUUGUUAAAUUAAUGCAAUGAAUUUAAAGCCUUUCGGAAUAUGUGGUUGUUAUCCUUAAUAUGACAGUCAUAAUUAUUAGCCUUCGAUGUAACUCACCAGGACUCCAGCUGCAAUUGAUGCAAUUGUGUUUCUUCUCUCAGCCCAGUCUACAUUACACUCACAGUCUCCACACCGGAUCCCAUCUAGAAACCCUGACAUGGCUCUGAUGAAACAAAAGGUAUUCUGUUUGAAUUUGGGAGUGGUAAAAUAUGUGUCCAGUAUUUAUGCAUCACAUUGUACCGAUUCAUUUUCUUUGAACAAAAAAUAACCUGGAGUAAAUCUACCCCUAAGCUAUCCUAUUAGCUGUUACUUAGCAUAGUUGGGUUCAAAGUUAGACAGUAAGCAAUUGUCCAAAACAAUGCUGUGGAGGGGGCGCCACUAUCUUGGAGUUAUCACAGAUGAUUUCUUUAAAUGUGAUGUCAAAUGGUCAAUGUAAUCUUCGAAAACAAGUUGAAAUGUACAUAUAAAAUCAUAGAAUAGUGGGAAUUCAACUACAUUUCUGGGGGAGGACUAUUAUAUGGACCCCCGAUGUCUUUACCAUGGUUAUGCCCUUGGGUUCCUACUUUAAACUGGUUCAGACUCACAACGUGGUAUGUGAAUAAUAGCCAUAUGAGCAAUCUUGGUGUUUUGGUGCUGCUUCUGAUUCCCGUUUAUCGCAACAUCAACAAUCGAGUUGAAUUCACACAACGGCGAAUAAACACAUCGACCGACGCCAAAAUGUAGGCAAAGAUGAUUCCAUAUUUUCUUGGCAUGCAUCGUUUCGACAAAGAAAUACUGCUUUAUCAUCUCAGCUUUUGUUCAUUGCUUUGUUGGUAAGCAUUUCCUUGGAGGCUCCUUCAUGUCGCCUUUCGCACAAAAUAGGUGCAAUGGGAUAACGACAACAGAUCCAUCUGGUAAAAAGCAUAAUCGUGUUUGGUAUAAAUAAUGUAACGUUGUAUUUGAAAGAAAACUUACUUUGCUUUUUCUGUAUUUGAUGUGGACCCCCUGAACGCAAUCCCUUACUUUGCUUCCGAGAAGGAUCUAUCACGCGCAUGCGUUGUCCCCACCCAUUUGAUGUUGAGGCAAACCUCAGUUCAAGGAGAUGCGCAUUUUAUGAAACUCCGCUUUCACGGAGUUUUUAUGUUUGUAAUAAUAAUCUACAGCGAUAAAUGGACAUGUAAUUUUGACUGCCUAAUAGGUUUAAAGUUUAAACACAGCUUUCACAAAUAAACCAUCCAUGUCAUGUUAAUGUAGGAUUAUAUUGAUGUUCUUCGUAGUUUUCCUCUGUAGUACCGUAGCACAGCCACAUUCCUACAAUUAUGAAUAACAUAAUCCCAACAGGUCAUGUGUGAAUCACAUGAGCCAUUACGACGGCUGCGGCUCCUUUUCUUUUCCUUUAUUUUUGUAAAUUAUGAUUGAUUUAUAAUAUAUCUGGGUAUUGUAUUGCUUUUAUUACAGUUGACAUUUCAUAUUUUAUCCAAAUAAAACUCAUUCAUAAAACGUCUUGUAUAAUGGUUAUAAAUGAGAAGUACAAAAAAAUAUAAUAACAGCACACAAACUACAUUCAGAUUUCACUGUGUUUAAAGUAAGUAUUUAAACCAGCCAUACAGCUUUAGUGGAAUGAUGACAUUGGAUGCCGGUGUGGCUGAAUACCCAUGCAUCCUUUAGAACGGCCAAUUAAAAGACUCCAAGCAAUUGUAAUGCCACAGAGAUUGAAAGACCGAUGACUCCAAGAUAGCCAAUGUAGCCAUAGGCUCCCUUCAUCCUUUUGGAAGGAUCUGCGAAGAAAAUAGAGACAUGUUUAUCAAUACCAUGUGUUUUCAUGAAGCGUGAGGAAGGAUAUCUUUUAAUUGAGAUUUAAGAAAUGAUCAAUAAUCUGACUUUAAGACAUGUUCUGGGGGACACAUUUUCUCAUCUGCACACACAUGUUGCCCACUACUAUUGAUACAGUUACAUUAAAGAAACAGGUAUUAUUAAUACAGAAUUGCUUCAUGCAAACGGCAGAGUCAGUAUAGUUUUAUUGCCAGAGUAUGACCAACGUGGAACACAUAAGUAACCAGACAUAGCUUCUAAUUCCCAUUCAGGUGAAGUUGGGUGGAAAAUGCUUAAUACAUUUCACACAAAUAUUGAGUUGUAGUCCAGUAGAUGUCAGGGAAUAGAGAAUAAGUUACGAUAUAAAGUACCUAUUAUCAUAAGUAAGGCAAACAUCAUCACAUGUAUUGGCUCAGUAAAUAAAGGAAUAAUCUAUUCUCUUGUCAAUGAUUAAUAUGAACCUAAGUGAAAUGGUAGGCCCAUAAAAACAGAUAAAAUAUUUAUUUUUAAAUUGGAUUUGAACAGCAGAGUGUAACCGUACUGCCAAGGUCUAUUGCAUGUUUAAAUUGUUAGCAGCAGUUUUUGGUUACCAGGUAACAUCUAUCAAUCGUUCUUCUGGCUACACCGCCCUAUAUCUGUUGGAAGUAGUAGUAGUUUAGAUUGCUAAAGCCUUAACAGAAAUACAGCCCGCCCUUCAAUGAAAAAAUACUUUUCCAGAAGCAUGCAUUUUUUGUGUGUUGAGAGUGGGAGGGGAGGGGCACCAGCUCAAACAAGAGUUUGGUCACAGGAACCGUCUUACCUCCAGUGUAGUAUCCCCAGGCAUAAGAGAACCUGCUGGUUACCCAAAUGGCCCCGAGCACUGCUGCUGUCGUCUAAAAAGAUAACGACAGGUGAUAGAGGGGGAGUUAAAUGGGGAAAAGGUGAAAGACAAUAUGCUGACUCACUGUGACAUUAUCUAAAGACUUGACACUCGGCAAUUAUUCACGUCAAAGAUCAAAAAUGUGUUUCUUAUUUACAAAAUUGUCGUAAAUAACUUGAGAUAUUCGUAUGGGGUGAGGCCGUGAGGGGGGCUUUGAAAGUAAAUAAACACUAAAAAGCGCUAGAAUUUCUCCACUCCGUGCAAAAGGUACUUACUGGGUAGACAAGUGCUGCAAUGGUCUGGAAAACGAGCCAUUGUGGGUACACCUCCAGGGUGUUUUGGUGAGCCCUCUGGAUGCAAUUGAACACCUGGUCCUUGUCACUGUACAUAGUGGGAUACUAGAGAAAUACGAUUAGUAAAUAUCUUUUCAAAUCAUGAUAAUAUAAAAUCUUUCAUGCAACCUAAACAGGAAUAAUUAAUUUAGUUGCAUGCAUUUAAAUGCUAUUAGUGGAUUAUCCUACUAUAACAAGAUAUCAGUCUUCCAAUACAAAAACAACUGUCGGUUACCUUGACAUCGUACUUCUUUCUUGCACCCCCAACUUUUACUCCCAGAUAACACAGCAUGAUCCAGCUAUAGAGAUAUGUAAAUAUCACAUAGCCGAAAUUGGCAGGCAGGACCUGUAGCAUAUCCAUGGCGAUCAAGAAAGAGAUUUCGGAUUGGGGUGUAGAACUUUACUAUAAUGCGACUGCAAUGUGAGAACAACCAGACGACGAGACUCUUACGAAAUGCCUGCUAACUGAAACAUCGCGAGACCAGAAGCGUCAUCGAAAUACUUCUCUAAAGUACGCGAUUGCAAUGAUUAUGUAAAUACUUGAAUCAUUCAGAAUAUGUCACUACAAAUGUUCUUGAAUAUUUCUGUAUUAUGUGUUCUGUUACAAACAUCUCUACGUGUAAAGCAGUAACCUGAUACAAUGCAUAUGUGUAAUAUACAAACAUUAUCCGUUCAUGUUAUGGAUGGACAUUUUAAAUAAAUCUGUUUUUAAUUUGAUACAUUUGCAAAAAAUAUUGAUUGAUAUUGCCAUGCGUCAACAAUGCAAAUAAAACAACACGGAAACCAUUUAAAAGUAUUAUGGGAAAACACUUAUGCGCAAAUUGGCUGCUACCAUGAGGCUCGCUAUGUUGUGGAAUUUUCCACAAGGGGAUCUCCAGAGCAACCAUUCCAUUCCGACGACGUUGCUCAUUCGCUGCAUUUGAACAACGACCGCUGGUGAUAUUUCAUAAUAGUUCCUCGACGUUUAUUAAUAUUUAACGAUUUCCACGGCUUUACAAAUUUGGUAUUACAGUUAUUGACCUAUUUUCCUGAUUGAUCUUGGAAAACUUUUUGGAUUUCUGAGCAGAUUGACUACACAUCGGACGAGAUAACCAAGAUGGUGACUGGGGCCAAGGAUUUACUCCCUGCGAUGAGCAGUGAUGGUCUGAGAGUUAUUUUUGACCAAGACUUGGGAUCCAAUUCUGUCUCAACCAAAUCUGUCUCUAGAAGCGGAAGUGACUGCUCGGACUCCGGCCACGGCUCUGGCACACGCGAGACCAACAGAGGGCGCCAUAGAUCUUCGUCCAACUCGUCAUCCACAUCUUCCUUGUCUAGCAGCAACCGGCCCAGAUCCCGCUCUCACCCUCGUUGCCAUAGAAACUCAUCCCGCUGUCGCUGCCCCACUCAUUACAGACAAGCCCACGGGAACCGACGUCACCGCUCGCCACCACCCCGGCGUGCCAGAGCCAAUUCCCGCUCUUGCAGUCCUUCUUCCCUGCCGGUCAGGUCCAGUCGCCACAGAAGUAACCGGUCUCGCCACAGUUCCAGCAGCCGGCAGAGGACAAGCCCAGGGUUGGAGGGCCGUAACAGGAAGAGAACCCCCAAGUCCCCCUCAAAGAGCCAUCACAGCCGGUCCAGGUCCUCGAGGCGAUCGGCCGCCAGCCCAACUCUGGAUGAGGAAAAGGAACUCCUCAGAGCAGUGAAGGAAGACGCCACCGAGAUCCUAAGGGUUGAUCUUCCAGAGAGCACGACUCCCACACUAGACGAACCAUGCGAGGAAUGUCCCACACCAGAACCACAGGCAUGGGUGAGGCAAGAGGACGUUCCAGAAAAGGUUCCAUCCCAGGUGGGUUUCAACAAAAGCUUAAUGGCAAUGCUAGCACACCUUGAGGCUUCACCAAACAAUUAUGUGAUUUUUGAAUACGGCCUUGUGGAGGCCAUUCAAUUAUUCGUAUUCAUUUCUGGUUUUGGGAUCGGCCUCCAUUUGUAAUUGAAAUUUAAACUUGUAAUAUUUCAACCUCUUUCACACAAAACUCAGGUGACCCAAAACCCAACCAAUGUCUUAUACCUCAGAAUGGAUUAAGUCCAUGGAGGCUAGAAUUACAAAGUGUAGGUUCGGCACAUCCCUACACGUGUCCUUUCCUUUGACUUCCUGGUAAGGUCCUUGCUGUUGAAUUCUUUUUGUCUUGUGUUGACCCUUAGACCCCUGAGGGAACACACACUGCUCUGUCUGUAUUCCUGUCUUCGUAGAUCACAUGACAGUGGUCUCCUUCAAUCAUCGGCACCUCGGAUUAGGAGAAUAAGAGGGCAGUCAUGUGCCUUGGGUGACGCCAUAAGUGUUUGCGCGAAAGGUUAACUGACUCAUAAUGUUCACCAUGAUAUUGACUAGAUUCUUCCUAGUUUUUCAGUUAUUACAUCUUCCUGAAUUGUUUGUAAAAACAGUCAAAUUCUUAUGAAUGCAAAAUUUAAUGUUUAGAAAUAUAGGUGACUCUCAUGGCAUUCUUUCAAUUUUAUUUCUGUGUCAUUGUUGGCUUGACAUUAGAAAUGUAUUUACAUUUGCAGUUGAAAUGGGUCGUUAUUUAGCAGAACCGUCCCACUCGCUGAAGGAGCACAAGGCGUGUGGACAGCAUUAUAGUGACUAUUGCUGUCCAGAAAACUAAAAACCCAAGAAGAACUCCCUCCCUCCGUAUGCCAAAGAUAAGUUGGUACACCAGGCGUGUGCUGAUUGGGGCUGGGGGAAACUGCGUCACCUUUCUGCCACUCUACACAGAGAAGAGAUCCUUUUCUACUUUUGUUUGUCUUUUUUGUUUUGGUUUCAAAGCGCUACAAUUACCAAUGUUACCGGUGGGCCUAGCCUAUCCAUUGCAGAAAAUGCAUGAAAGCUGCCGUUAGUCGAAGCUAGCACUUGUACAAGCAACACAUGAAUUAAAGCCAUAUAAGUUUAACCAGCCUGCUUCUCUAUUGGUCAUGCAACAUGGAAUAUAAUAGCACACAUACGCACACUGGACGAACUGCUUUACCACCGUAAACCCUUGUGUCGGCCGUUAUCUCACUGGUGCUUUUGUUUUGUCUUUUAAACAGAACAGCGACGCAAAGACGAAUGGCCAACGCUCAAAAGUCUCUCCAAUUAGGAAGAUCAUCGCUUUCAGCAUUCAUAAUUCUAUCGCCAAGCCAACCGUUGCCCCGGUAACGUCUGCUAAGGUAACGCCCAGGGUGGACGGCAUUGAGAGCAGAAAGCCCUACGGUCACUGGGUUCAAAUCAGACGAGGCGGCCGGGCAAACAAACGCACCACCUCACGCUAGUGUGGCCGCAAGUCGACGCUGUAAAUAAUGUGUAUAGCUAUUCACAUAAGCCUUGGGCUACGCUAUGUUUUUUUUCCAGAUGUAUAAAGUGAGUUAUGUGGGGAGAAGAAAUGGAACAAUGCGCUCAGGUUGGAAUCUCUUGGUCCCCUUUUUGUUGUGUUCUAUGAAGACUUCAAUAAAUGCCUAUUGAAUAAAA